AUGGCCGUCAGUUUAGUUUACCACCCAAAGGCUCAGUCCACCUUCAAGCCUCCCUUGAUCGCCAAUGAGAACGCGUUCCUGGGAGAUAUUGACUCGAGCGAUCGAUACAACCCCGAAAAACCCAUCACCGCCGGCUUCUACCGGCUCGAGAAGGGUACCCCGCUCGUUUACGAAUACCCCUACGAUGAAAUGAAGAUCAUCCUCGAGGGCGAGUUUGAAAUCUCCGAUGAGACGGGCCAGAAGGUCACGGCGUCUCCGGGCGAUGUUUUCCAUUUCCCUAAGGGAUCGAAGAUAACGUUCUCAACCCCAUCGUACGGGUUGGCAUUUUUCACCGGGCAAAAAGCCAAGGGAGUCAUUUAA